UCAUUACAUAGCAAACAUAAACACGUAAGUUCGAAGAUACCAUUAAAACAACACAAUCAAGAACAAAGUAAAUUCCAAUUCCUUUGGAACAUAUCAUUUAGAAUCUCUUUAUUCUUUUAUAUUUUUGUCGUGAAUCCAUUCUUUGAUUUCUUUUCCUCUAUAUAAACACCCAUUUUUUUCCUGUUUAUCACCAAGAAAUCAAUCAUUCCAACUCAAAUCUUGAUUUCUUGAUUUCAUUCUGCAUAAAAAAUGGCUCCUAGUUUAACCAAAGAAAGUUCUGGUCCUGUAGAACUAAUUGCUGAGAGCAAUAAUCACAUUAAACCUAGUUCUGAUCCUGUAUUCUCUCUUCAAGAUUCAAAUCUCAAAGCCAAUGGCCAUGUUUUUCUCUCCGAUGUUCCUCAUAAUAUCACUGUCACUCCAUCUCCUUAUACUGCUAACGACAAAUCAUUGACUGCCGUUGGAUCUUUCAUUGGUUUUGACUCGCCGGAACCCAAGGAUCGUCAUGUUGUCUCCGUCGGGAAGCUCAAGAACAUACGUUUCAUGAGUAUUUUCCGGUUCAAGGUCUGGUGGACCACCCACUGGGUCGGUUCUAACGGCGGAGACCUCGAAAACGAAACUCAGAUGGUAGUUCUUGAUAAGUCUGACGACGGCCGUCCUUAUAUCCUUCUACUUCCUCUCCUAGAAGGUUCUUUUCGGGCAUCGCUGCAGCCCGGAAAAGACGAUAAUGUCGACGUCUGUGUCGAAAGCGGAUCGACAAAAGUCUCGGCCGCCGGAUUCCGAUCUGUUCUUUACGUGCAUGCAGGUGAUGAUCCGUAUAAGUUGGUCACCGAAGCCAUGAAAGUAAUUAGGGUUCAUUUAGGCACAUUUAAGUUACAAGAGGAGAAAAAUCCACCUGGCAUAGUUGAUAAGUUUGGAUGGUGUACAUGGGAUGCGUUUUAUCUUACGGUGCACCCGCAAGGUGUAUGGGAAGGAGUAAAAGGUCUAGUUGAUGGUGGGUGUCCACCUGGCUUAGUGUUGAUUGAUGACGGGUGGCAAUCCAUCAGCCAUGAUGCUGAUCCAAUCACAAAAGAGGGUAUGAAUGGUGCUGUAGCAGGGGAACAAAUGCCAUGUAGGUUACUCAAAUUUGAUGAAAAUUAUAAAUUUAGGGACUAUGUUAGCCCUAAAAGCUUGGCUAAUGGAAGCAAUAAUAAAGGGAUGGGUGCCUUUGUUAAGGACCUUAAGGAGGAGUUUAGUAGUGUUGAUUAUGUGUAUGUUUGGCAUGCUCUUUGUGGGUAUUGGGGUGGUUUAAGACCUAACGUGCCCGGCCUGCCGGAAAGUGCGGUGGUGAAGCCGAAAUUGUCGCCGGGAUUGGAGUUGACUAUGGAAGAUCUUGCCGUCGAUAAGAUUUAUAAUAAUGGCGUCGGAUUAGUUCCGCCGGGAAAAGUUGAUGAGAUGUAUGAAGGGAUUCAUUCGCAUCUUCAUAAUACUGGGAUUGAUGGUGUUAAGGUCGACGUUAUUCAUUUGCUGGAAAUGCUGUGUGAAGACCAUGGAGGGAGGGUAGAAUUGGCAAAGGAAUAUUACAAGGCACUAACAGCUUCAGUGAAGAAACAUUUCAAUGGAAAUGGUGUAAUUGCCAGUAUGGAACACUGCAAUGAUUUCAUGUUCCUUGGUACUGAAGCUAUUUCUCUUGGUCGUGUCGGUGAUGAUUUUUGGUGCACUGAUCCAUCUGGAGAUCCAAACGGAACAUUUUGGCUACAAGGAUGUCACAUGGUGCAUUGUGCUUACAAUAGCUUAUGGAUGGGCAAUUUCAUACACCCUGAUUGGGACAUGUUCCAGUCUACACAUCCUUGUGCUGAAUUUCAUGCUGCUUCUAGGGCCAUUUCCGGUGGUCCGGUUUACGUUAGUGACUCCGUCGGCCAGCAUAAUUUCGCCUUGCUCAAGCGUCUCGUCUUGCCCGACGGUUCUAUUCUCCGGUGUAGCUACUAUGCUCUUCCUACUAGAGAUUGUCUCUUUCUGGACCCUCUUCAUGAUGGCAAGACCAUGCUCAAAAUUUGGAACCUCAACAAGUUUACCGGAGUGAUCGGAGUAUUCAACUGUCAAGGAGGAGGAUGGUGCCGCGAGAGUCGGCGAAACAAAUGCGCCUCCGAAUGCUCUCACCUUGUCACCACUCACACAAAUCCCAAAGACAUUGAAUGGAACAGCGGAAAGAAUCCAAUUUCCAUUGAAGCUGUGCAGCUUUUUGCAAUGUACUUAUCUAAAUCCAACAAGCUACUCAUUUCUAGCGCAUCUGAGAAUCUCAAAAUUGCACUCGACCCCUUCAAUUUCGAGCUUAUUACUGUUUCCCCCGUCACUGUCUUGCCCGGAAAAUCAGUUCAAUUUGCUCCGAUAGGUCUGGUCAACAUGCUCAACACUGGUGGUGCUAUCCAGUCGUUGACCUACAAUGCUGACUCGGUAAAAAUUGGAGUAAAAGGAGAGGGUGAAUUUAGGGUUUAUGCAUCGGAGAAGCCUAGAGGUUGCAAAAUUGAUGGAAAAGAAGUUGAGUUUGAGUAUGAAGAUAGCAUGGUGGUUGGUCAAGUUCCAUGGUCUGCUACUGACUCUUUUGGUAUCUCCAGUGUGGAGUACUUGUUCUAAUUAUGCUUUAUUAUGGAAUAAUUAUUUCUCCAAAGUACUUAAGUGAGUGUUACAAUAAAUUAUGUAAUUAAUUGAUGUAUUUCUCUAAGUUUAAUGGUUAUUAUCUAUGUUUGUAA